AUCGUUGCGAUUUCAACGAGUGAGGAUGUUUUUCUGUGUUUCUUUCUGAUUUUAUAAAAGUCAUGUAUUUGCAUAUUAAUUCAGCAAAGUUAAAUUAAGUAUCGUGCAGUUACCAUAAAAUGUGAAAUAAUAAUGAGAUAUAAUCGUAACUUUACGAAGGCAGUGUGUUAAAUCAGCGCUGAUUAUUACCUAACCUAACCUAACCUAACUCUAAUCGGGUAACAGAUUGCUGUAUCUACGAUUAAUAUCGGAGAAGUAGUGAAUAUAUUAAUAUUUUUCGGGAGUGCCGAAUCAAGUAUCGCGCGAUUAUCUUUCACGUUCUUUUGCCAGUUUUUAUUUUUUAAAAAUAAAUCUUGAGAGUGCCGGUAGUAAUAGUGCGUAAUCAUAGUUAGCCGUGAUAUUUUAUAUUUACGCGUAUAUGUCGCGAGUGUGUGUUGAUCCAGUUUUCAAGGAAGAGUCUCGUCUGGAAUCGGCUUAAAUCGUCGAGAUGUCUUCGCACGAGUUUAUUUAAGACAUGUAUUUUUUGGAGUAAAGGGGAAACAACAUGGCACAAGUCAACCGCCAAUUAUGCGCAUUGGUCUUCCUGCUUUUCUUCGCGGACAUCUUAAAAGGUGGAAAUGGCGAUGUAGAGGAUUCGGAAUACGACGUGCAGGACUACAGCAACGCUGAGGACUACAACGAUGUUUUCGACUCGACCACUAAUGGGACCGAUGUGGAUGCUGCGUCCGGCACGAAAAGUGGUACUUUAAAAUUCGUAAGGACUCUGACAAACAUCUCGAAGGACGCAGGCGCCGUCGCCCAUAUGCGAUGCGAAGUCGUGGGCGAUCCUCCACCGACAAAAAUACGAUGGUUCAAGAAUGAAGCCCCAUUAGAAGAAGAUCGGCCGAAAAUCACCAUUAGAAAGAUACACGCGCAAACGCAUGAACAUGUGGCGAAAAACUUGGCGGGAAGUCGACUAAAAAUCACAAACUUAGAUGUCUCCGAUGUUGGCUUUUACACCUGUCGCGUUACGAAUGGCAAGGAUCAAAUCCAGAGCGAAGGAAUCCUACGAGUUGAUUCAUCGAAGAAAUGGCAAGCUCCUAUACAUCCUGGACACCCCAUGGGAGGACAGUCAUCAGGCACUGACAGAUUUUCUCCGGGAAUAUCCGACUCGAGUUUUAUCAACGGCAUGGAAAAUGGAGACGUGUUAGGCAUCUCAAGAAGUGGAUCUACGCCUCACCUCUCUCAUUUGGCAUCUGCGAAUCCAUUUAGCAUACCUAAUCCACAGCCAACCAGUUCACAGUCCAGCACUUUGGAUUUCAAUACAAUCAGCGGCCUUACUAAUGGCAAUAUACAAUUCCCUCCCAAUGUGAAUUUCGAUGAAAUAUCAGGCAGAAAGGACAAUCAUAAAGGAACUUGCGAGGUGUAUGUAGGAAAAACCUGUGCGCAAUUUGUAGGAAACCAAUCGGUUUAUAUUAUAUAUCCUAUGACACAGAAAAUGCUCGAAGAGAAAUUAAUGAAGGCAUUUCAAGUCAUUGAGUUCUCAAAUGACCUCUCGUCAAAUUGCGAAGGAUAUGCGAAACCAUCUCUUUGCUAUUCCGCUUUUCCGAUAUGUCGCGACGCAUACAGUAAUCAGAAACCGAAGAACGCGGAAGCAAGUACGCAGCUAUUCAAUCUGUUGAACUCCAAGCAAGAUGAUCUCUUAGAUGACGGAGACCACGACAUGAUGGACGAUUUUACCAAACUGCACGCCAAGAAACGUAGUCCCACAUUUAACCCAGCUUUCGACUUUCCGCCCAAGGAAGACGGCAAGUCCAGCAACAAGAAGAUAAUUAAUCAGAGUUACGGGGACGCGCGGGAGUCCAGCAGGAACGACCUCAAUCGUAAAUUACGAAGGAUAUGUCGGGAAGAGUGUGAAAUGUUAGAGAAUGAAUUGUGCAGGAAGGAGUACGCGAUAGCGAAGAGACAUCCAUUGAUCGGGCAUCAAGUGCCUUUGGUCGAAUGCUCUGAUCUACCUUUGGACGGGACGGCGGAGGCCCGCGAUUGCUUAACUCUCGGAUUAUCCGCGGCGAAUAAUGUGCAAGAACACGACUAUUGCUAUUGGGGUAGCGGAAUAUCUUAUCGGGGAACUGUGAAAACAAGCGUUAGUGGGAAACUAUGUUUACGAUGGUCUCACCACAUCAACCUUGCGAUGUCUGAUUUUCCUGAAUUAUCCGGGCGUCAUUCUUACUGCCGGAAUCCUGGUGGGAAGGAUUUACAACCAUGGUGUUACGUUGAUAUCAAUAACAGAAUGCAAAAGGAGUUUUGCAAUAUACCUAAAUGUGUUGAAAAUUUAUGGAUUUAUGCGCUUGUUGGUUUUGUACUAACAGGAGGGUUUGUUAGUACAUUAAUUUGUUAUUGCUGCUGCUAUAAAAGCAGAAAGUCCAGAAGGCAGAUGAAUCAUUUACCGUCAAAUAAGAUAUUAACUGGUAUCCAGUGCGAUAAGAACAUAUACGAUGGAAGGAGGAGCACAACGCAGCCCAUGGAAAUGAGUUCUCUUUUGGCAGGACCGGGUAACACAACACCGGGCACUGGCACUUUAAGCAGCGGCAGUAGUAGAACUUCAAAUACUAGGAUACCGCAAUUUACCACAAAUAAUGUCGUACUCUUGCAAGAACUCGGCGAAGGCGCUUUCGGAAAAGUUUACAAAGGCGAAUUACAAACUGAUAACAAGUGCGAGCCACCUAUUUACGUAGCGGUAAAAACACUGAAGGAAAAUGCAACUCCAAAGACUCAGAGCGAUUUCAAGAGAGAAGUCGAACUCAUGACGGAUCUCAGGCAUCCGAAUAUCAUUUGUCUGCUUGGCGUGAUACUGAAAGGAGAACCGAUGUGCAUGCUCUUCGAAUACAUGACUCAGGGUGAUCUGCACGAAUUUCUGAUCUGUCAUUCCCCGAGAUCGGACGUUCCGUUAAACAACAGCGGCGCAAAAAUUCUAGAGCAACCGGAAUUUUUGCAUAUUGCUUUACAAAUUGCUUCUGGCAUGGAAUAUUUGGCUAGUCAUCAUUACGUCCAUCGCGAUUUGGCAGCGAGAAAUUGCUUAGUGGGCGAUAACCUAACAGUCAAAAUCUCAGAUUUCGGUCUAUCACGGGAUAUAUACAGCAGCGACUACUACAGAGUACAAUCCAAGAGCCUGCUGCCUGUUCGAUGGAUGCCACCUGAGUCGAUUCUUUAUGGUAAAUUCACCACUGAAUCGGACGUAUGGAGCUUUGGUGUUGUACUCUGGGAAAUCUACAGUUACGGUUUGCAGCCAUACUAUGGAUACAACAAUCAAGAGGUUAUAGACAUGAUUCGCUCGCGGCAAUUACUGCCGUGUCCCGAAGACUGUCCGACAAUGAUUUACAGUCUAAUGAUCGAAUGCUGGCAUGAAGUGGCGAAUCGCAGGCCGCAGUUUCCGGAAAUCCAUCAUCGACUGCACAAUUGGUACAUAAAUCAAACCUACUUGAGCGACUUCUGCAACGAGUCUAUCACCAGCUACUCCGGCAGCAGCCACAAGAGCACCAAUAAAACCAAUUCGACGCAAUUAUCGGCACCCAUAUAUAAGAGCGACCAGAAAGCGGAGCCGGCUAUCUGCAACGUCAACGAUCACAGUAGCUCGAUAAAAAUGCUACCGCCGGUGAAUACUUUCCCGAAUUCUAACUGCAUUGAACAGAGGCAGAUCAGCAGUUUCAACACGGAACAUGGAACACCAAUGAAAAUGCCUAAUUAUCAAAAUCCUACUACAAAUGUCAAUCUGAACGACGUUUACGACGACAAACAAUGUUGCUCGCCCAAGUUGAGCGGCGCGAAGAAAGUUUUACCUGCAAUAAUACCUCAGCCGGUCGCGCCUAAACCAAUCUUACCACCAAAUAACGGCUCGAGACCGAUGCAAAACGGCGCACAAUUGGUUGUCAGGUUACCGGAUCCCAGCAAAGUCACGACUGAAACAAGGGUAUCAAAGUGAACGAUUUCGUAGUAGCGAUUAAUGUAUACGUUUCUCGUAUAUAUAUAUAUUUGCCACGAUGAUUGUCAGCAUUGAUGCAAGUGUAGGUAUAUCCUUACAAUAGUGUCGGAUACUCUCAGCAGUAUCGAAACGAACAAGGUAGAUACUGAGAAUCGCUAUUACACCUACUCACUGCCAUAUACGUGCAUUUAUUUAUUUUUACAAUUAUACACAUAUUUUAUAUUGCCGUUUAUCUCGGGUGGUGUAUGCCUAAUGUCUCACAUAUAACAUAGUUUAAUAACAUACAUAUGCAGGACAGAAUCGGAUAUUGUGCUCUAAUAUAAUUCCAUUUGUGACUUUAUUUAUCCAACAAAAUAUGAACUUUUUUAAAGAUAUACUUAUCCUUUUAUUUUUAACAAAAGAUAGAUGUUAAUUGAAAUAUUAUACUAAUGA